AUGGCCUCCACCCAAGAACUCGCUAUCAUCUACUCUGCCCUGAUCCUCCAAGACGAAGGCAUCGCCAUCUCCGCCGACAAGCUCCAGAAGCUCGUCGCCGCCGCUGGAGUCCAGAUCGAGCCCUUCUGGCCCGGACUUUACGCCAAGGCCCUCGAGGGUGUUGAUGUCAAUGUAAGUUCAUUUUCGAUUGAUUUUUGUUAAAUUUAGGGUGUAAAUAAUGGAUAAAUGGGUCAACUAAGGCAUGAUCUAGGUUUUUUCUUUUGGAUUGAGCAGAAAUUCGGGGUUUGCUAACUUUUUUGAGCUAAUAUUACCCAUGGCACAUGUUCCAUACCCUAUGUUGAUUUUCGGCUUGAGGGUUUCCUAAACUGUGCAAAAUUGAAUCCUCUGUAUGUUAACCGUACCCAGCGCCAAAUCCUGGAGUGCAUUGUUAACUUUGGAACAUUUCCCAUCUAAAGCAUCCUUAAAUUCACUGUUCUGAUAUAAAUUGUAAUAUCCUUUCUAUUUGCAGGAAUUGAUCAGCAACAUCUCGUCUGGAGCCGGAUCCGCCCCAGCUGCCGCUGCCCCAGCCGCCGGAGGAGCUGCCCCCGCCGAGGAGAAGAAGGACGAGGGAAAGAAGAAGAAGGAAGAGGUCAAGGAGGAGUCCGAGGAGGAAGACAUGGGCUUCGGUCUCUUCGACUAA